AUGGAUGAGGAAAAAAAUGGUGUUUGGAGAUGGAAGCAAUCCCUACUUCUGCUGCUCGUGUUAAUAAUCCGUUCCACUCUUGUUUCAGGCAAGCAACUGAGCAGCGCGGCGACAGCAAUGACAGCAACAGAGGCCGAUCAUCAAGCCUUGAAGGCCGUAAAGCUCGAAUUCGUCGAUCCCAGAGGCGUCCUGAGCAGCUGGAACACCACUCGUGCCGCGGUCUGCUCCACCUGGGCUGGGAUCAAGUGCCUGAAUGGCCGAGUCAUCGCUGUUCAACUCCCGUGGAAGGGUCUAGAAGGCCAAAUCUCCGACAGGAUCGGCCUCCUCCGGGGCCUCCGGUACCUCAGCCUCCACGACAACGCCCUCACGGGCCCAAUCCCGCCUGCCCUCGGGCGCCUCCCUCAGCUCCGGGGGCUCUACCCCUUCAACAACCGCCUCUCGGGCUUGAUCCCCCCGAUAUUUAGUAACUGUCUAAAUCUCCAGAUUCUUGAUCUCAGCACUAAUCACCUCACUGGCAUUGUUCCUCCUACUCUUGGUAACUGUUCUAGGCUGUAUAAACUCAAUCUCAGCUGUAACAAGAUUGUGGGAAACAUACCUGAUGAGUUGGGGAAUCUGUUGAAAUUGAGGUUUCUUGAUUUAUCAAACAAUGAGAUUUCUGGUGAUUUUGCUGAGAAUCUCUCCAAGCUGUCUUCUCUUCAGAUGCUGAAUCUCAGAAACAACAAUCUUGAUGGCUUAAUCCCACCAUCCAUUGGGAAACUAGGAAAUCUCGCUGUUUUGGAUUUGAGUAACAACACCUUCAAAGGCCAGAUUCCGGUUUCUCUUGUCAGCAUACGAAAUCUGUCUGCGUUUGAUGUUUCCUACAACGAUCUCUCCGGGGCCGUCCCGUCUGUCCUUGCCGCGAGGUACAACUUGAGUUCCUUCAUUGGGAAUGAUCACCUUUGUGGGUAUAGUAGCUCAACCACAUGCCCCUCUCAAGAGCCUCAAAACCUACCGUCUUCCCCUUCUCGAGGGGAAGAAGAAGUAAGAAGGCAUCGUGGUAGGAAUUUGAGAACAAGGGACAUAAUUCUGAUCGCAGCAGGCGGGGCCCUUCUCGUGGUUCUGUUGAUAACGUGCUGGGUGCUUCUCUGCUGCUUAGUUGGGAGGAACGCAGUGAUGGAAGCUCGGAAGGAGAAGAGGAGAGGAGGAGGAGGAGGAGGUGAGGUUGAAUCCGGGGGUGAAGUAGGAGGGAAGUUGGUGCAUUUUGAUGGCCCUCUUGUGUUUGCAGCCGAUGAUCUGUUGUGCGCGUCUGCAGAGAUAAUGGGGAAGAGCGCGUAUGGGACAGCGUACAGGGCUACGAUGGAGGACUGCAAUCAGGUCGCGGUGAAGAGGCUGAGGGAGAAGAUGACAAAGGCGCGGAAGGAGUUUGAAAUCGAGGUUGCUCAGCUUGGGAGGAUCCGGCAUCCGAAUGUCUUGCCUCUGAGAGCUUACUACAUCGGACCUAAGGGGGAGAAGCUCCUCGUCUACGACUACAUGCCUCGUGGAUCUCUCGCCUCUUUCCUCCACGCUCGGGGACUUGAAACCAGCAUUCCAUGGCCAACGAGGAUGGCAAUCGCCUUGGGGAUAGCUCGAGGACUGAGCCACCUCCACGGAGAUGAAAACCUCGUGCACGGGAAUCUCACAUCGAGCAAUGUCCUCGUAGACGAACAGAGCAGUCCCAUGAUUGCUGAUGUUGGCCUCUCCCGACUCAUGACACCGGAUGCAGUUUCCACCUCCACGUCUGGCUCGGCGGGGUACCGGGCCCCCGAGCUUGCCAAAAUGAAGGAUGCAGGCACCAAGAGCGACGUUUACAGUCUCGGGGUGAUCAUGUUGGAGCUCCUCACGGGGAAAUCCCCGAGGGAGGUGUGUGACGGACUCGACCUAGAACUACCCCAAUGGGUGGCGUCGAUCGUGAAGGAGGAGUGGACUAAUGAAGUGUUCGAUGUGGAGCUAAUGAGAGAUGCACCUGACAUUGGUGAGGAAUUGCUCAAUGUGUUGAAAUUAGCCCUACAUUGCGUUGAUCCAACGCCCGAGGCCAGGCCUCAUGCGAUCGAUGUGCUCCAGAAACUCGAAGAAUUGAAGCUCGAGUCGAUAUGUGAUGAAGCAUAUAGAGGUUGAAGAAAGAAAACAUUGUUGAGAAAUUGCUCAAUGUGUUGAAAUUAGCCCUACGUUGAGUUGAUCCAUCGCACGAGGCCAUGCCUGAUGCGACGGAUGUGCUCCAGAAACUCAAAAAAUUGAAGCUCGACUCAAUACGUGACGAAGCAUAUAGAGGUUGAAGAAAGAAAGCUUAUAGAGUUAUCAUAUAUUUGUACUAGUAAUUAUUUCAUUCAUUCAUUUGUUGUAUCUUUAUGUUGCUUGUUUUGCUAAGAUGCUGUCAUUAUUUUGGCUGUGUA